CUUUUUGCCACCAAAUCUAAAUUAAAUAAAUAAUAUACGACUCUUCAUUAUAUUUAAGUAAUAAACAGAUAGAAAAAGGUUACUUUUCCAAUGGAAAACAGUGAAGAAGGGGAGCACUCAACAAGGAGAGGCACAAUUUCUCACACAUAAUAAUCCAACCCUAACUCCAAACACAAAUCAAGAAAAAUAUUUAUGCUUACCUUGGAUUCCACUAAUAAUCCCCUCCUCAUGAUCUACAACUCUAAAUUCUUCCAAGUAAUUUCAAUGCCUUCUUUCAAAAGAGAUCUCUAUAUUUUCUCAUUCGAUCUCUUCAUCUUUUCCACACAUCUCAUAGUAUUAUGUCAAUCUCUUUCUAUUUUCUUCUUCUUUUUCUUAUAUGCAUUUCCUUUCUUCAUCCAUCCCAUUCCCAAUGUCUUCAACUAGAUGGUAACAAGUUUCAGAAGCGACUUCAAGCUCCCAUUAAGGGCAAAAUGGGGAAGAUGGUUAUUUCACGGGAGGAAGCAGCAAUAGAAUGCAUGAAGUUAUCAUCUCCAAAGCCAGCUGAAGAGGAAGAAAGUUUUGGAUCCAAAAGACAAAAAUAUAAAAGGAUUAGAAGGGAGCAACUUAAGAGACUAAUUAGAGAUCAGUUGGAGAAAGUUCCAUGGAAAGUGCCUCAUGAUGAUGAUGAUCACAAGAAAGUGAAAGGAAACGAUGGUGUUUUUAGUUCAGAUUAUGAACAUGCAAGAACUCAUCCUCCUUCUCACAACUAAAUAUACAUAUUAAUUCUUAGCUAUAUAUAUAUAUAUAUAUAUAUAUAUAUAUUUGCAUAUAAAUAAUAUCUCCCUCAUCACUUAUGAACAUCAAUUUUCUUCUUUUGACCUUCUAUAUAUCUCUUAAUUAACAAAACCGUGUAAUAAUUUAGACCUAAUUUUGAAGAACUACAUUUAUAUCCCUAGACUUCUUUAUUUAUAUAACUUGAAAGUUCUAUGA